AUGGGGUCGCUGCGCUGGCUGCCGCUGCUCGUGCACCUGCUGCUGCUGCGGCCGCCCGGGGCCCGGCCCGCGGGCCUCAUCCGGGCCUUCGUGGUGCCCCACAGCCACAUGGACGUGGGCUGGGUCUACACGGUCCGGGAAAGCAUGCGGGCAUACGCGGCCAAUGUCUACACCUCCGUGGUGGAGGAGCUGACCCGCGGGGAGCAGCGCAGGUUCAUCGCCGUGGAGCAGGAGUUCUUCCGGCUGUGGUGGGACGGCGUUGCCUCGGACCAGCAGAAACGCCAGGUCCGCGAGCUGCUGGACAAAGGACACCUGGAGUUUGUCCUCGGAGGCCAGGUCAUGCACGACGAGGCAGUGACCCACUAUGAUGACCAGAUCCUACAGCUCACAGAAGGACACGGGUUUCUCUAUGAAACGUUUGGGAUCCGGCCACAGUUCUCCUGGCACGUUGACCCGUUUGGCGCAUCUGCCACGACCCCCACCCUGUUUUCCCUGGCGGGCUUCAAUGCCCACCUCACCUCCCGGAUCGACUACGACCUGAAGGAAGCCAUGCAGGAGGCCCAGGGGCUGCAGUUCGUGUGGCGAGGGUCCCCGUCCCUGUCGGAGCAGCAGGAGAUCUUCACGCACGUCAUGGACCAGUACAGCUACUGCACCCCGUCCCACAUCCCCUUCUCCAACAGGUCGGGGUUUUACUGGAAUGGAGUGGCUGUCUUUCCAGAGCCACCCCCAGAUGGGGUGUACCCCAACAUGAGUGAGCCCGUCACGCCAGCCAACAUCGACCUCUACGCCGAGGCCCUGGUGGCCAAUGUGAAGCAGCGGGCUGCCUGGUUCCGGACACCCCAUGUUCUCUGGCCGUGGGGAUGUGACAAGCAGUUCUUCAACGCCUCGGUGCAGUUCGCCAACAUGGACCCCCUGAUGGACCACAUCAACAGCCGUGCUGCCGAGCUUGGCGUCUCAGUGCAGUAUGCCACGCUGAGCGACUACUUCCACGCCCUGCACGCUGUCAACAUCACCUGGCACGUCCGUGACCACCACGACUUCCUGCCAUAUUCCACAGAACCGUUCCAGGCCUGGACGGGCUUCUACACAUCCCGCAGCACGCUCAAAGGGCUGGCGCGGCGAGCCAGCGCCUUGUUGUAUGCCGGGGAGUCCAUGUUCACACGCUACAUGUGGCCAGCCCCCCAUGGGCCCCUGGACCCGGCCUGGGCCCUGCAGCAGCUGCAGCAGCUCCGCUGGGCUGUCUCUGAGGUCCAGCACCACGACGCCAUCACUGGGACUGAGUCCCCCAAAGUGAGAGACAUGUACGUGGAGCACCUGGCCUCAGGGAUGCUGGGCGUGCGAAAACUGAUGGCCUCCAUCGUCCUGGACAGGCUGCGGCCCAGGGCAGGGGAGUGGCGAGCAGCCCCAGCAGCUGACUCAGGCACAGGGCCUACAGGACAUUUUGUCGUGGUCUACAACCCACUGGCCUGGACAGUCACCACCAUCGUCACCCUGACCGUGGGCCUAGCUGGAGUCAGCGUCACAGAUGAGUCAGGCCACCCUGUGCCUGCACAGAUCCAGAACUCGACGGAAACCCCAUCCGCGUAUGACCUGCAUAUCCUGACCACAAUCCUGGGCCUCAGUUUCCGGCACUACAGCAUCAGGCCCAGCACAGGGGCCCAGGAGGGCACCCAGGAGCCAGCCGCCACCGUGGCCAGCACCCUCCAAUUCGGCCGCAGGCUGAGGAGACACGCCAGCCGUGGGGGCAGGCGCCUGGUGCCCGUGGUGAACGACUGCUACACUGUGCUGCUCGACCAGGACACCAACCUGCUGCACAGCAUCUGGGAGAGACAGAGUAACCGAACAGUGCGCGUGACCCAGGAGUUCCUGGAGUACCAUGUCAACGGUGAUGUGAAACGAGGCCCCAUCUCUGAUAACUACAUGUUUGCGCCCAGCAAGGCUGCAGAGCCUGCAUGGGAAGCUGUGGGAAUGGAGAUCGUGGCCGGACAGCUCGUGACCGAGGUCCGGCAGUACUUCUACAGGAAUGUGACUGCCCGGGAUUACACAUAUGCGAUCUACUCUCGGCUCGCCCACGUGCCACAGGGCUAUGACAGGCAGCUGCUGUGCCAUCGGAUAGAGCAGGAAUACAGGGUGGGCCCCCUGGAGCUAAACCGAGAAGCCAUCCUGAGGACCAGCACCGAUCUAAAGAGCCAGCAGGUCAUCCACUCGGAUGACAAUGGCUACCAGAUGCAGCAGAGGCCAUACCAGGUCUACGUGAACAACAGCAUCGCUCGGAAUUACUAUCCUAUGGUUCAGUCGGCCUUUAUCGAAGACAGCGGAAGCAGGCUUGUGCUGCUGUCGGAGCGGGCACAUGGCAUCUCCAGCCAAGGGAAUGGGCAGAUGGAGGUCAUGCUCCAUCGACGGCUGUGGAACAACUUUGACUGGGACCUGGGCUAUAACCUCACGCUGAACGAUACCUCAGUUGUCCACCCAGUGCUGUGGCUUCUACUGGGGCCCUGGUCGGUCACAGCUGCCCUGCGCCAGAGGAGUGGGCUGGCGCUGCAGCACAGGCCCCUAUUGCUGUUCGGAGAGCUGGCCGGUAAAGGAGAACCUUAUCAGAGGACUGCCCCAAAGCCCCCAGGACCCCAGCAGCAAGAGGCUGUGACGCUGCCCCCAAAUCUUCACCUGCAGAUCCUGAGCAUCCCCGGCUGGAACUACAGCUCGAACCACACCGAACACAUGCAGAAUCUUCAGGAAGGCCAUCAAAGAAAGGCCCAGGCAGACCUCCGCCGUGUCCUGCUGAGGCUCCACCACCUGUAUGAGGCAGGGGAGGACCCAGUCCUGUCUCAGCCGGUGACAGUGAAUCUAGAGGCCAUGCUGCGGGGGCUGGGGUCUGUGGCAGCCGUGGAGGAGCGCUCGCUCACAGGGACCUGGGAUGUGAGCACACUGGACCGCUGGAGCUGGAGGACAAAGACUGGCCACCAGAGAGGCGGCUCCACCUCUCCCUCGAGGCUGCCGGGAGGCCCCACCGUCACCAUCCACCCGCAGGAAAUCCGGACGUUCUUCAUUCACUUCUCACAGCAGUGAGCCCUCGUGCAGGCCGCUGCCUCCGGGGACACCACGUCAGGGGACAGACCCAGGACACAGAAGAGCAACGUGGAUGGGCCAAGGGGGAAUAAGCUGCUCAUCUGGCAGUCUAAUGUCAGG